AAAACUCUGUAACUGUUACUCAAAAGAAAUUAGAAAGUUUUUUUCAAUUUUCUCCGAUUAGUCUACUACUCUUCUCUUCUCGUGUUUCUUAGGGUUUUGGAAUUAAGAAUGUUGCGAUCAAUUCUUGUUGCUUUGUUUGGAAGCAAGUUCUGAAAAUUUGAGUUUAAAGAAGAAGAGUUUUGCGCAAUGUCUAUAGAAGUGAAGUCGAUGGAUCAAAAUUGUCGGUGUCUUGAGUUAGAAGAAAGGGUUUUGAAAGGUGAAGAAAAGUACACCGAGUUAGAAACAGAGUUGCAGAAACAGAACAAAGAGUGUGAAUCACUUGAACUGAGGAUUAAGGAAUUGGAAUCUGAGAAGUUAGUAGUGGAAGAAGAGUUGAGGAAUCUUAAAGAAUCUGAGGAGAGUUCAUUGGUUGAGCAGAUGAUGGUGAACGGAGCGUUGGAGAUUGAGAAACAGGUGGCUGUGAAAGAAGCUGAGGAUUGGAAGUCAAAGUUUGAGAAGCUUGUGGAGACGGUUCGAAAGUUAGAUGAGAUUGGUGGGUUUAGAUAUGGAGAAUUGGAAUUGGAUGAGAAUGUGAAGCUAGGAUUGGAGUUAGCUAGGAUCAAGGAUAAUACUGAAUCUUGUAAAGUGGAUAAAGAUUCUCUGAGUAGGGAAGGGUUAGGUUAUCAUCAAGGUUCAGGUGAGAAGAACAUAUGUUUCAGCCUUUUGGUUGGCGUUAGCUCACCUUAUAUGACCACACCGGUCAAAGACUACUAUAUCUUGGGGAGAGACAGAGAUAACAUGUCUUCUCGGGGACGAGUAAAUAAGAUGUUGUCGUUUGAAGAUGAUGAUGGUGACAAAUCGACUGGUGUAGUUGAUUUAUGUGAUGGUGAAACAGAGGAGAGAAGCGAGAAGGAGUCUACUGAUGCUAAGGAUGCUUUAGAGGAGAGAAGAAGUAUUGAUGAGAACUAUGAAGAUGAAGAUGUUGAAUCUUGUGAAGCUGACAAAAGCACUCCUUGUGGCCGUAAGAGGAAACGGGUUAUUGCCAGCGAUUCAGAAACUGAUGAUGAUAAUGAUGAUGAAGAUAAUAUACCUAUUUCAAUACUCAAGAACUUGAAACCAAGUGAUCAAGAAAUGGUAGAUACACCGACCAAAGGAGAGAGUGGUUCCAGGAGAUUGAGUGGACAGCCUCGUCGAGUAUCCUCAAGACUGAGGAAACAGAGAGUUUCUGAAGAGAUCUCUGCUCCAAGUGAGAAAAAUUCACCAGAGAGAGCUGUGGGGAUCCCAACAAUUGGUAAUGCCGAGGAUGAUGAGACAGAAGAAGAGCCAGAGAGCGAAAGCGCAAGUUUGAAUGGGUUUAUUGUUUCUGAUGAUGAUGAUGACAGUCAAGUGAGUGUCAGUGAAAGCUCUGAUCAUGAAACCGGAGAAGAGGAAUCUGAUGGAGAAACCGGUUAUGCGGAUGUCAUGUCAAGGUUGAGGAGGGAUAAGAAACCCGAGAAGCGGAAAUGGGAGUACGAAGCAGAUAUGCUUGCGGAUAUCGGUAAAGAUCCCGAGCUUUGUAUGAGAGCGGUUUGUGUUAUGUAUAGGCUUCAAACAGAAGAUGAAAAGUUGAGUAGCUCAAGCCGUAUCUGCAAUGGUAUCGGUUUCAACAAGUUUGAUGCUGCAAGGGGAACUUACAUAGCGAGUUUUCUGACGGAUGGGGACCCCAAGAAUGAUUUGAAGAAAUCGGUUGAGGAAUUGGAAGAUUUCGACUAUAAAGCCGUUGAGGAUUGCGAAAAAUUUGCAUGCCGAUACUGGAAACAACUCUUCAAGAUCUAUAACAACAGAGAUGAUCCUUUCUUCGCUCGUCCUCCAUCUCCAUAAUAACUUGGGGGAAUAAGCCUCACCGUGAACAUGUUUAUAUUAUGGUGCUUUUUGGGUCCUGAUGAUGACUGAAACAUAGGUUUGAAUGAAUAAAAGAUUUGUCACAAAUGUU